AUGCUGGACAACUUCAACUGCGGAGAAGACUACCCCGUUUUCUCGGACAUGUACGAUUUCUGUCGGGAAGCCAGCGGAUUUUGCUGCACGAAUGAUAUCGUUUUGGGAAUCCUCGAACUCCUGAGAUACCAUCCUCGAGUUCUAUAUAUUGACAUUGGUAUCCAUCACGGAGACGGUUACACCGGGGGUUACUUCCUGGGGACUGGGAAAUUGGACGAUAACGGUAGUAGACUGGGGAAACAUUUCUGUCUUAACGUUCCCCUAUUAGACGGUAUCGAUGACGAGAUGUACCUCACCGUUUUUAAGACGGUAAUCGGUGACACGGUCCACGCAUUCAGCCCGUCAGCAAUCGUUCUCCAAUGCGGCGCAGACUCUCUAGGCUGUGACGGUCUCGGUACAUUCAACUUGUCUAUCGCAGCACACGGCGAAUGCGUCAACUUUGUACGAAAAUUCAACGUCCCACUUAUGAUCGUCGGGAGAGGCGGAUACACCAUCAAAAACGUCAGUCGCUGCUGGAAUUACGAGACGUCCGUUCUCGUGGGCGCGUCAAUACCCAAUGAACUAUUCAAUGUCUUUCCUUUAUAA